AUGGCCAGCCUGCCCACUCAAGACUCGACGGCCUCGUUCUGGCACAGUGAGCCUUCCCACUUCCUUCUCGGCCACCGAACAACGCCAGAUAUUCCCACGGAGGCGGACAUUGUCAUUGUUGGUUCAGGUAUCACUGGAGCAUCUGCUGCCAGGUUCUUGGCCGAAGAUGCAAGAGCUAAAAGAUUGAGAGUUGUAAUGCUUGAUGCGCGAGAGGCAUGCUGGUGUGCGACGGGUAGAAAUGGAGGUCACUGCCAGCCCCUCCUAUUCGACUCCACCCCCGAUGUCGCCGCGUUCGAACUUCGCAACUAUAACGCUGUCAAGUCUUACAUCAAAAAGCACAACGUUCCGUGUGAGUGGCGCUCGUUGACAGGUUGCAGGACCUUUUGGACCGAACCGUUAGCAAAGGCAGCUGCGGAUGACGUGAGAGAUUUGAAACGGCAUGCUCCCGAAUUGGGCAAGGAGGUCACGGUCAUUGAUGACGAGGAGUCAUUGCGGAGACACAGGGUGAAUGGCGCGCCGGGCGCAACCCUAUCCGCAUGUGCCGGUAGUCUUUGGCCGUACAAGCUUAUCGCAUUUAUCCUCGAAGAUCUUAUCAAAGAGGGUCACUUGAAUCUGCAGACGAAGACGCCAGUCACAAAGAUUGAACCGUGCGCGGAUGAUCCUGAAGGCCCCGCGCCGACUGGGCCAAGGCACAUCUUGCAUACACCCCGCGGUACCAUCAAAGCGCGCCAUGUCAUCUUAGCCACAAAUGCAUACACGUCGCAUCUCCUCCCGGAAUUCGCAGACCUCAUAGUGCCCGAGCGCGGAGUUAUGACGGCCCUCCUUCCUCCCGCCAAGUCAAAGCCCCUCGAGGACUCCUACGGUUUCGUCGGCGCGCUUGGUGGGAACCCCAUCCACGAUGACUACCUGAAUCAGCGGCCCUUCUCCGGCGUGCCGAAUCCGGCCGGCCAUCUGAUGUUUGGUGGUGGUUAUGUCGGAAAGAAGCUGAACAUGAUCGGUGAGACGGAUGAUUCUGUCUUGGACGAAGGUUCGGCGAGCUAUCUGAGGGCGGCACUGUUGAAAUUGCUUAUUCUGGGGGGCGAUACUGGCGGCUUGAAAGAGCUGAAAACGACGCAUCAGUGGUCUGGCAUUUGGGGUACUUCGAAAGACCACCACCCGUGGGUUGGCGCCGUCCCCAGCAGGCCAGGUGUCUGGCUUGCUGGUGGCUACUCUGGCCACGGCAUGCCCAACGGUACGCUGUGCGGCAAGGCCGUUGUGGAAAUGCUCUUGGCGCAGGAAGCUGGUGUCGCUCUUGACGAUGUCCAGAACAGACUCGUUACGGAUGGCGACUUGCCGCAAGCUUACAUCAUCACGCAGGACAGGAUCGAGCGCUGUAAACAUAUCGACUCGGUGCAGGUUCAGGAUCGGAAGGGCAUCGUGGGGAUACGCUCCCUCGAUGCGAUGAUACAGGCACAAAGGAACACUAAGCUAUGA